AAGCAAAGAAAGAGAAGAAUCUCUCUCUCUCUCUCUCUCCAACUGGUCAGGAAAAGAAGACUAUAACGCACGCCGUUUAUAGUCGCUUACAGGAUAAGGGAGAAACAAUCCGCAGGAAAAAGAAAUUCGUCUGAAGCACAAGAGAGCCGUCGGAUCUAGGGUUUUUGCUCCGCUGCGAUGCCGAAGAACAAGGGUAAGGGAGGUAAGAAUCGCAAGAGAGGAAAGAACGAAGCCGACGACGAGAAGAGAGAGCUCGUGUUCAAGGAGGACGGCCAGGAGUACGCGCAGGUGCUGCGUAUGCUUGGAAACGGCAGAUGUGAGGCUAUGUGCAUCGACGGCGUUAAACGCCUUUGUCAUAUCCGUGGAAAGAUGCACAAGAAGGUUUGGAUCGCUGCCGGUGAUAUUAUCCUUGUGGGUCUCCGCGAUUAUCAGGAUGAUAAGGCCGAUGUAAUCCUGAAAUACAUGCCAGACGAGGCUAGGUUAUUGAAGGCUUAUGGUGAGCUGCCCGAGAGCACAAGGCUUAAUGAGGGUAUUGCUGGUGGACUUGAUGAGGAAGAUGAUGGUCCUGGUGACGAUUACAUUGAAUUCGAGGACGAGGACAUCGACAAACUCUGAAGAGUUCAUGAGGGUUGGGGCUUAUUUGAAGACCUUUCGUGACUUUCGAAGUAUAUUGCCUCUUAGGUUCCUAUUAAAUACAAAAGAUAUGUGUAAUGUUUAAGUGAAGCUUUAUGUGUGGUUUUUUAUGUCCUUGACCAUUUUUAUUAAUGCAAUAAUUGCGAGCUGCCAUUAUGUUAUC